CUUUCAUUUUGUGUUCCUUCUUCUUAUCUGAAGCUACCUUACUAGUAGCUAGCUAGCUCUGAUAAGAAACCAAGGAAAACGAAAUGGGUUUUCUUGGGGUCAAGCUUUCCCUAGCUUUUCAGCUUUCACUGCUUUUGUUGGGUUCUCUGACUGUUUCGGGUGAAGAAGCUGCAGAGUCUAAGAGGUCACCUGUUUAUUACAUUCACGCUCCGGCUCCAGCUCCGGCUCACCAUCAUCAUCAAGCUCAUGCUCCAGCUCCCCUUAAGCCAUACCCACACCCACCUCCUGCUCCGAAAGCGUACGUUCCGGCACCAGCUCCGGCCCCAAAGAGUCGGAUUCCUCCUCCCAAACCAGCUCCAGCUCCACCAAAAGUUCUCCCUCCCUUGCCCGCAAGAACACUGGUGGCUGUACAAGGAGUCGUUUACUGCAAGUCAUGCAAGUACCCAGGAGUUGAUACUCUUUUGGGUGCUACGCCAAUUUCUGGUGCAACCGUGAAGCUGCAGUGCAAUAACACCAAAUACCCCACAAGUCAUGAGGCGACCACAGCCAAGAACGGUUACUUCUUCCUGCAACCACCAAAGACGAUCACCACUUACGGAGUACACAAGUGCAAGGUGUUCUUGGUCAAAUCAUUACCCUCAGCUUCGUGCCAGUUGAAAACCAACCUUAACCAGGGGAUAAGUGGGGCUGUCUUGAGGUACGAGAAGCCCAAAAGCCCGCUGUCAUUCGCUCUCUACAGCGUUGGCCCUUUUGCCUUCGCUCCCAAAUGCUGAUCACUAAACCCGGCCCUUUGCUAGUAUUUUUUUUUUUUUUUUUUCUUUUUCCCUUCUAGCUAGGGUUUAGGAUAUGAAUAUUCCCUACAUUGCAGUGAGCGAGCUAGGGCUCUGUUUAGUGUUUAGUGGGUGUCUUUUGUUUUUAUAUAUAAGAAACUAGAAUAAGCUGGCUGUCAGGUUGUGUGACAAUAAAUGAUAUAUUAAUAAUAGAAGAAUAUUAAGAAUUACAUA